CGUUAGAGUAGGAGGUUAAGAGGGAAAAUAGAAGAAUGUCUCGCAGGAAGAGGAGCUUCACUUUUGGAGCAUAUGGGGGAGUGGACAAAACCUUCUCCAGGUCAAGACAUAUUUGGAAACAAGAUGGCAGAAUCCCGCGAAUAUCUGACCCGUUAGAACGUCCUGGUCUGGGCAAGUCCUUUCCGCCAUCACCUGCUCCGACUCUUCUAAAGACAUCAGAUAUAUUUGCAAUGAUAGAGCGAAUACAGAGCAGUAGAAUGGACGAGCAGAGGUGCACUCUUCCACCUCCUCUCAAAACAGAGGAAGAUUACAUUCCAUAUCCCAGCGUCCAUGAGGUUGCAAACUUGUUUGACAGCGCGACAGCCCCUCGCGGACGACUGUCGCGCAUAAACAAAACCAAAAUAAACUCCAGGCCUGGUCCUCUCUCGUCUUUCCCCCCUUGUCCUGCAUCACAGGUUAAACUGGAGACAAACAGCAUAGCCAAGAUCUACAGGAAACACUUCCUGGGCAAGGAGCACUUUAAUUAUUACUCAGUGGACAGCACUCUGGGCCACCUGGUCUUCUCGGUGAAGUAUGAUGUGAUUGGAGACCAGGAGCACCUUCGACUGUUGCUUAGGUCAAGGUUUAAAACCUACCAUGAUGUGAUACCAAUUUCUUGUCUGACCGAGUUCCCUAAUGUUGUGCAGAUGACGAAGCUUGUCUGUGAAGAGGUGAAUGUGGACCGAUUUUAUCCCAUCUUAUACCCAAAGCUCCAGAGGAAGAGGCAUAUAGGAAAUGACAUUGUGGCUAUUGUGUUCCAAGAAGAAAAUACACCAUUUGUACCCGAUAUGAUUGCAUCAAAUUUUCUUCACGCUUAUGUAGUGGUUCAAGUGGAGAACGCCUGCACUGAUAGCGUCCUCUAUAAGGUAUCUGUGACGGCAAGAGAUGAUGUGCCUUUCUUUGGACCAGCCCUCCCAGACCCAGCUGUCUUUAAAAAGAGUCCAGAGUUUCAUGAGUUCCUCUUGACCAAACUGAUCAAUGCUGAGUAUUCCUGCUAUAAAGCAGAGAAGUUUGCCAAGCUGAAGGAGAGGACACGGUCUGCUCUGCUGGAGACUUUAUAUGAGGAGCUACACAUGAACAGCCAGUCCAUGAUGGGACUGGGAGGAGAUGAUGACAAACUGGAGAAUGGAGGAGGAGGAGGCGGCGGUGGCUUCUUUGAGUCUUUCAAGCGAGUAAUCCGCAAUAGAAGUCAGUCUAUGGAUGCCAUGGGCCUCAGUAACAAGAAACCGCACACCGUCUCCACCAGCCACAGUGGAAGCUUUGCACACAACCCCCCAGACACCCCCAAAACACCCGGCAUUUCCUUGAUUAUUCCUGGGAAAAGCCCAACCCGUAAGAAAUCUGGUCCAUUUAGUUCCAGGAGGAGCAGUGCCAUUGGGAUUGAGAACAUACAAGAAGUUCAGGAGAGAAGCAGUCGAGAGGUGUCCCCUAGUCCACAGAGGACAUCUGAUGGUGGACACACCACUCAGGACUUCAGAUUAGACAACUCGUCCAGUCAGAGCUCCCCUGAGAUGCAGAUCACUAAGAUUGGUUCGGCCCUGUGCUGUCGAGCUCCCUCGAUCCCUGAGUCUCAGGAUCUGUCUCGCUCCUCGUCCAAUGCCAGUAGCUUCACCAGCGUGGUGGAGGAGAACGAGCAGGAACAUGAAGUUACAGAGGACUAUGACACAGGACUGGAGAGUCUGUCUUCAGCCGGUACGCCUCACAAACGAGAUUCGUUAACAUACAGCAGCGUGUGGUUGGAAGACGGCCCUGGUACUACUAGUCAGAGCAGUUCACACGGUCCCUUUCGACAGCAAUCUGAACCUCGUCCUAAAACAGAGAGACAACACUCGAACUGCUAGCUGUCCUGUAGGCUGUAGAUGACUUCAUGGAUGUCCAUCAACAGCAUUUUCAUAAGUAGCCCUCUGCAGCGGACGCUCGACGUGUUCACAAGAGUUCCUGUGGAGACACGGAUGUGAAGGGGAGUGAACUGCUAGUUCCAGCCUGGAGGCGUAGUCGGGCAAGUGUGCAUCAGAGUAUCAGCGCGCUCUUAUAAGGACUCAACUUGUAAGGACUCGGCCAGCAGGCAACAAAUCACGUGUGAUUAUGGCCUUAUCAUAGGCUGCUUUCUUUCUUUCUGUCUGUCCACAGUGGCCCUCAUUGUGUGGGUUUGGGUUUUAUUAGUCAUAUUUAUUUAUUUAUUGAGUUGAUCUUUUAGUAACAGGGGUGGGUAAGCUGUCACAAGCUUUCGGCAUCUUUCAGAAUAACAAACGAGGUUCAACCUAAACCAAUCAUGCUUAAAAUACACAUGAACCCGCAAAGCACUGUAAUACACAUCUAUGUGUGGUUCUCUUUUGUUGCCUUUUGUGUCAUGAUGUAGUGAUGUUGAAAAUGAAUAUAGGUAAAUGUUAAAUGUUGUUCUUCGGUGUAGUUCUCUAUCUUCUGGUGUCGAGCACCCAAGCCAUUUCCAGUCCCGUCCAAUAAAUGAAGCGUAGGCAUUAUAAUUUAUGAUCAAAUGAAUAGAUCAGGUGUGAGAUGCUGUAUACUUUUUAAAUAGUAUUUAUUAAGAUUAUGCUGUUUUACUGAUCAACAUAUUUUGUAUGGCCACAGCUGUUUGUGGUCAAACUGACACGUGUGUAAACUGUACACUAAUGUAGUAGCCUCAUGUUUUAAAGCUAGCAGUGCGGAUUAAAUCAUCAAUGUCUCUCAUGUUUUGUGGUCCAAGGUCACAUAUAGUCCUACAGGCAGAGCAGAAUAAAAAUGUCCGAUAUGUUUUUAUGUAUACCUUUUAGCUUAUAUGACAGGUGAGCAAUAUGAAUGUGAAACUGCAGACACAUAUAUGAUGGUGGAUAUGGAUCAUGGAAAACACUAGGUCAGAAUAUAUUCAUCCAAAGCUUUAUGUUCGAUAGCAAAUGUUGGGUAUUUUGUUUUCAAACACAAAUGCGUGUUAUAUUGAUUACAAACAAAAAUGCCCAUUUUAGAUCAUAUAAUCAAAAUAAUAUUUUAGUUUUUAAACAUAGCACUAUGGUGUUAAUGCUUUCACAUUCAUCUCUAUAGCUUAUCAGAUACAAACUUUGACUUUUUUUUUUUUUUGAGGAUUUUUUUGAGGAACUAUCCUAAGCUGUGACAUUAAAACAAACUGGCAAAAUUUCAACUCUUAAUCAAAUUGCAUAUUUACAAAUUGUUGCUUGCAAAAACAUUUUAGUCACUUUUACAGCUCCUUAAAAUAGUUUUUUUUCUGUGUGAUGCGUAUUUUAAAGAAUACUAUGGUAUUACUAUCAUAGAAGAUGGCAUUACCACAAUUUCAUGUCCAAAAACAUGAAAAUACCUUUUUUGUAAGACUAAUUUCCCAAUUCGCUUCUAGUUUGAAGAGAUUUUUUUUUUCUUAUAAAUAAUGCUGUUUGGAUGCUUUCAGGGGUGAUGCUUCUAAAACAGUUUAUGGAAAAGUGAAAAUAUUUUUUGCCUGGCUGAAUCCAUACUUUCGCUGUGUCCGAGCCCUAAGUCUCUACUGAUUGGUCGAACUGUACAUAAUGUGUUUGCACAUGCUAGAGACAUUAAGCACAAACUCAUUCCAAACAAACACCGACCGCUUUCUGCAAGUGAUUGUGUUCUCCUUUACAAGUGCUUAUUAUGCUACUUUAAUGAAAUGUUUCAUUGUAAAUACAUUUUCUC